CUCUUCUGGGAAUACGAACUGAUUACAAACGGCGAUAAGAAUAUGCUAUAGACAGCAAAGUGCAUAGGCUUUCAGUUUCUCAUCUGAGCUCGGAUCAUGAACAGUCCUCUUGCGAUCACUGCACUGGUUUGGGGCAUUCUCUGCCUUAGCUGCCCACCUUCUUCUGAAGCCGGAAGAGAGGAUUGGACACCACGCGAGCUUCUGGUUUACGAACAGUUGACACAACAGGAUUGCGGUGUCCUAACGAAUCUGAUUCCCGCCCAAAGGCUUCGACGGCGGAUCACCGGCGGCAGGAGAUCGUCUCUGAUGUCCCAGCCUUGGAUGGCCUUUCUUCACAUUUCCGGUGAUAUGGAGAUGUGCCGCUGUGGAGGCGCUCUUAUCUCAGAACUCUUUGUUUUGACUGCCGCGCACUGCUUCAAAAUGUGUCCCCGAUCUAAGGAGAUUAGAGUGUGGCUGGGAGAGCUUGACAUUAAUUCCAGAAGAGACUGCACCACCUACAAUUAUAUACAGGUUUGCGCUCCGCCCGUGGAGGAAUUUACCAUCGACAAGUGGAUUCUCCACGAGGAGUUUAACCUCUUUUAUCCCGGGUAUGAUAUUGCCCUGAUAAAACUAAACAAGAAAGUGGUCUUUAAAGAUCACAUACGUCCCAUAUGUCUACCCCUGACCGACGAACUCUUGGAGUUUACCAUGCAGCUGGGUCAAUCCUACAUGGCGGUGGGCUGGGGAAGAACGGAAAGUCGCCGCUUUGCCAACAGUACAAUGGAGGUCUAUAUAAACACUGAGAAGUGCACUGACGGCAGGGACACUUCGUUCCUCUGCGCCAAUGGAGAUUAUGUGGACACGUGCACAGGGGAUUCCGGUGGACCGCUCAUAUGGACGACCUUGUUCUUCGGCAAGGCUCGCACCGUACAGUUUGGUGUGGUUAGCACUGGAAGUCAAGACUGCGGAGCUGGUCAAAAGGCCUACUACAUGGAUGUACCCACCUAUGUGCCCUGGAUACUUGCCAAGAUGGCAGAAUUCUCGGAUGUUUAAGGAAGUUUGAAUAAGUAAAAUCCAGAUCUUUUAACUAAACGUACUGUGCAAUUCA